AUGUUGGGAAACUCGCUGGUGCCCAGAGGAGUCUGCACCAGCCCUUUCAAUGAGAGGAGCACAGACCAUCCACUUUCAGAACUGGGAGACAUUGGUACCUCUGUGAUGGACAACUGUCUCCCUUCCACUCGAUCCAGGUCCUAUCAGGACCCCUCUCUCGCCCUGCAGAGUGGCCUGUUCACCGCAGCGUGGCUGGGCAUGGGACUGGAGUCUCUUAGCCUGGCUGACUGGGGAAGCAGCCGGGACCCUCCCUCACGCACCAGCCCACCUUCCAUCACCAAGCUGGGGCCCCAUCCUGGUUUGAACAGCCUUGGGCCCGGGGGGAGGGCUGUCGUGCUGGGUGGGUCAAACAGCCACACGGAGAGCUGCACCCUGGACACCUGCUUUAACAGUCCCCCUGACUCUGAGACCAGUGGCUUCAGCUCUGGAUCAGAGCGUCUCUGUGACCUGCUGUCCACACUGCAGAUCUCCCAUUCAGUGCCCCUACUAAAGUGUGGAGGACAGAGAGACCUGUCUUCCUCCUUUCAACUGGAGCAGGACUCCUUGUUGCACCCACUGUCCCCUCUCCCCCCUGAGCUGGACCAGCAUCUCUUCAGCGUGGGCCCCCCGGCCAGGCGGUGGCCCCGGGCCGUGGGGUGGCCCAGCAGGGACCAGGGGCCAGGUGGGUCCGCUCAGCGCCCCCUCAGCAUAGAGGCAGAAGCUCAUCUCCACAGACAGUGUGCAGCCCUGAGCGAUGCCACCCUGACAUGGAGGGGCCAACUGCCCCCCAAAAACUACAGAAACGCAAAGUACUCCUGUAAAGUCUUCCUGGGUGGCCUGCCUUGGGACACCACUGAAGCGAGACUGAACAGCACGUUCAGUGUGUUUGGCCACCUGAGUGUAGAGUGGCCUGGCAAGGACCUCGUAAACCCCCACUGCCCACCCAAAGGCUAUGUGUACCUGAUGUUUGAGGACGAGAGGUCUGUUGCGGCUCUGCUGAAGGCUUGCUCUCAGAGCCUGCUCCACCCGGAAGACUCACAGGAGUACUACUUUGAGAUGGCCAGCCGCAAAAUGCGCAUCAAAAAGGUGCAGGUGAUACCCUGGGUGCUGGCAGACAGUAACUAUUCUGUGUGCCCACCUCAGCGUCUGGUUCCCAGCAGGACAGUGUUCGUGGGUGGGCUGCAUGGCAUGCUGAACGCACAGGCCCUGGCUCUCAUCAUGAACGACCUGUUUGGAGGGGUCAUUUAUGUCGGCAUCGACACUGACAGACACAAGUACCCCAUAGGGUCAGGUCGCGUGAGCUUCGGUACCCAGAGCAGCUAUCUGAAGUCUCUACAUGCUGCAUUUGUGGAGAUCAAAACACCAAAGUUCACCAAGAAGGUCCAGAUCGAUCCCUACGUGGAAGACUCGGUGUGCCAGAGGUGCAGCCGCCAGCCUGGGUCCUUCUUCUGCAGAGACAUGGCCUGCUUCAAGUACUACUGCCGCACCUGCUGGCACUGGCAACACUCCAUGGAUGUGCUGUGCUGCCACAGGCCCAUCAUGAAGAACCAGAAAAGGGGGAACUUUAGCUGA